CCUCCACAGCCCUUGCAUUUUCUCUUACUACAUCACACAUUCCAAACUAUAUCCCCUGUCAAAUCAGAAGCCGUCCUUUUAGACCUAAGUGGUCCCCCACGAGCAUACAAACAGACUAGACCACUACAACUUCUCCACUCCCCGCAUAGACAAAAGUCCCGUCUGUCUCUAUCCAAUACAGUCCAACAUGUCCCCCUCCCUCCAGUUCCCCACCACCACCACCACCACCACCACCACCACCACCACCAAGGCCUCCGACCUGGCCUCCAAACGCAGACGCUUUCAGCCACCAAUCACUAGCUUCUUCUCAACUACAUCUACACCUCCCUCAGAAGACAAUGACAACGUGACCACCGACCGCACCCACCAUCUCUCUCACAACCACUACUCCGCCGCAACCUGCUCCCCCACCCCCAUCGUCCCCACCAAAGUCCAAGCCUCCCUCCUCUCCGUCGGCAUGCGCGUUCGUAAAUCCGUCGCAGAGGGAUACAAGACUCGUCUGGCGAAGUCCGACCCCAGUUUCUCCGAGCUGGCUCCCUACAGCGGCAUGCGCAGUCAUUCCGCACCCAUGAACCUUAUCACCGAUGACGAAGGCGACGCUUUCUCCCUCCCCUCCAGCAGCCAGGAGUCCAACGCCGGUGGUCAGAAACGCUCUUAUGAUACGGACUUUGACCUCGACGAGAGUGAGGAUGAUGACGUUGCUGCUUCGGGUUUGGAUCUAUCUACACACAAUGCUACUCUCAUGGGCCGAACCAUCCUUGCGCCCAAGUUGAAUCAGCAGCGAAGACGCUUCGUGACGCUGCGGAAACAUGCCACUAUUUCUGAGGGCAUGGGUAUGGAUAUUGAUGACUUUGAGGAGGCUUCCUUCUUGCGCAGUCGCGAGGAGGUGGAUAUGGAGUAUGGCUCUGUGAGUCGAAGCUCGGAGAUUGAGAUGGGUGGGAUGUAAACAUGUUGUUACUAUUGCCGGGGCUUUCCCAUUAUUUCUCUCGUCGUUUCUGGAUUAUCUUAUUAGCCGGAGUUAACGUGGGUUGGGCUGGGUUUGGGUGGUUGUACUAUUAUCUGUUGUGCUUUUCGUUUGCGUGCAAUGUUCCUUGGGGACACAGAGUACCAUAGGCUGGUUCUAUGUGCUGGAAGACAAGCCGGAUGCUUGAAUUGAUGCAUCAUGCAUACUGUUCGUUAUUUCGCCCGUUGUGUUUCUUUCCCUAUCUCUGUUUGUUUUUUCUAUGCAUAUUCUUACUUGACCCCUGCUUGCUCUACAUUCCUGUUGUUUGUUAUCAAGCACCCUGUACAUAUAACCCGAUUGCGAUGACUCUACCUGUUCAACCUUCCUAGUUAGGCUAAUACAAUAGCCAGCACCCAUGCAGCAGACCUGAA